AUGCUCCCCGUCCACCGAAAAAGGCGGGAGCGGCCGAGGACCGGCGUCUCGUCACGCACCGCGCUCGGGCGGCCGCACGCUCUUGUCCGCGGCUCUCGAUCGCGUAGAGACUUCCGCCCCUCUUCGCGUUCCCGCCGAGAGAGCGCUAUCCUCGGGCGGCCGCGCGCUCCGUCGUCGGCCGGUUGCUCCGCCGAGAACGCGCCGUUUUCGGCGUUCAUCCCCCGGCCGCGUCCCCGGCGACGAGCGCUCCCGCCGGGGCCGGGGAACGACGAGGCGAAACUUCCUCGCCUCCGGGCGCGGGCCGAUCGGCGAAGGUUAUCGGCCCCGCCGCCGUGCGUCACCGGCGCCGUUCCCGUCCCGCCCGCCGGCGCCAUGUUGGGCGGGCGACGCGGGCGCGCGACCCUGGCGCUGCUUCUGACCUGCGCGGCGUGGCGGCUGUUUCUCCGCGGCCUCCCGUUUCCGCCCCGUGCCGACGACCUGUCCGACGCGUGCUCCGACGCCGCCGGCGAGAAGAUCCUGCGUCGACUGUGCCGGGAUUUUGCGGAGGGCUCGGCGGCGGGCGACCUUUGCGCUGACCUGUGCGUCCGCGGCCUGGUGGCGUACCAGAGGUGUCUCUACUACGAGAGCGGCAAGAAGGUCAUGUCGGUCCGCUGGAGAGGUCGGCCCGUGGUCCUCAAGUCCCAGUUGGAAAACCUGUCGUCCUACCGUUCCCUCGGGGCGCCGUACUACCGGGACGCGAGGGAGGACGCGUCUCCGCUGGACGCUCUGCUCGCCGCUACGUCGGAGGUGCGCAACUGGCUGGGUUUGGCCAAGGAAGAGGACGGAGCCCGUUUUCCGCCGGUCGAGCCGCGUCGGUCGCCGGACAAGAAAAUUUACUCCAGGGCCGAGCUGAUGUCGAUGUGGUCUCUGCUGCAGCAGGACGAGUACGCUUUCCUGAGAGUCCUGCAGGACUUGAGCGCGCACGUGCCCAAGGUCCUGGGUUCCUGCGGACACUUUUACGCCGUAGAGUCGCUGUCGGCGGGCCGCGCGUGGGACCAGAACAUCUUCUCCUUGGGGGACGCGGAGAAGCGAGCGGGGGGCGUCCACCGCGUGGCGCUGAGCUUCUUGGACAUGGUGCGACACUUCGACGACGACUUCGCGCACAAAGUUCACCUGUGCGACGUCAAGCCCGAGAACUUUGCCAUCAGGAAAGACCUCACUGUGGUGGCCAUUGACGUGGACAUGGCCUUCUUCCAGCCCAAGAUGGAGGAGCUCCUGGAUCAGAAGUGCGUCCGUGACGACGACUGCCACUUCUUUGACUGCGUGUCGUCGUGCGACCUGAGCGUACGACACUGCCGCCGACAGCGCGCCAACACCAACCUGCAGGUGAUUUGCCAGAAAAUCUUCCGACCGGUGUUUUCUCCCACGCUGCUCGGCGCCAAAGCGGGGCUCCCGCUGCAGGUAGAGCUGCAGAGGGCCGUGCGGGAGUGCGCCGCGUCCGGCAAAGCGGGGCGAGACCGGGACGUCCGCCGCCGCCUCCUCCGUAUCCUGACUCGCCUCCUUCGUGAGGGAAAAACAUCAGACGGAGGGUGAAAAUAAAGCGAAAACCCUGCGUGCGGCGUCGUGUGGGAGAGAAGCCAAGGGCCAACAGCUGCAGCCUGGGAUGUGCUGCCAGACUUCCUGCUCUUCAAGCCUAUCCGGUCAGGUCGGGGGACAAAGCACGCGGGUGUGGUGGUCCAGGGCAUCAGGACCUUAAUCGUUGCCCAGUCUUCUAUGGGGAUCAGCCCCGCUCAUGCAACAGCCCAUCUUGCACCACAUAGGGCACCCAGAGAUCCCGUGGUCGUCUUUCGAUUCUGGAUUAACCUAGAAAUCUAUUCGUUGGCCGGAUUAGAUUCAACAGCCGGUUCGGAUGCGGUAUUGGCACCCAGAGAUCCCGUGGUCGUCUUUCGAUUCUGGAUUAACCUAGAAAUCUAUUCGUUGGCCGGAUUAGAUUCAACAGCCGGUUCGGAUGCGGUAUUGGCACCCAGAGAUCCCGUGGUCGUCUUUCGAUUCUGGAUUAACCUAGAAAUCUAUUCGUUGGCCGGAUUAGAUUCAACAGCCGGUUCGGAUGCGGUAUUGGCACCCAGAGAUCCCGUGGUCGUCUUUCGAUUCUGGAUUAACCUAGAAAUCUAUUCGUUGGCCGGAUUAGAUUCAACAGCCGGUUCGGAUGCGGUAUUGGCACCCAGAGAUCCCGUGGUCGUCUUUCGAUUCUGGAUUAACCUAGAAAUCUAUUCGUUGGCCGGAUUAG